AUGGAAGUGGCGCAGCUGGCGCAGCAGGUGGCGGAGAAUCGACAAAGGCUUCAACGUGUGGAGCAGCAACUGGCAGAACUCCGUGAGGGGCUGCAGAUCAAGGACCAAGCGGCUUGCGCCACGGUACCUCAGAAAGCCUUCAUGGAGCACUGGGCCCAGGCCUUGAAGUCCGAAAUCCUAGAAGCAGUGCGACAGGAGCAGGAGGUGUUCAAGGAACGCCAUUUGCUGGAUGCUCGCAGUUGUGCCGAAAAUGUGAAGAAUCUUGAGCUGACCAUCGCGCAGGUCUCGCAAGAACUGAACGAACUUCUUCAAAAGGUGGCGGCCUGUGAGGCGCCAACCAAUGGUGCGCAUGACACCAUCCUGUGCUCGGCCAAAACCACGCUGGAGGGUGCCUUCUUGGAGAUGCGGGAUGAUGAGAUUCCUUCCAGACUCUCAAGCGUCACCUUGGAUGGUGUAGGUGUGGAGAGCACGGCCACUAGCCCUCGCACAGAAGACCCAGGACGUACUCUUCCAAGGGCUCCAAUAUGCACUCCGCCGGCGCCCAAGCCGCAACUGGUCUAUCACUUCAAGGACACGCCGCAAAGGAAGGAGACCCCACAGAGGUAUGUGACUGUUUGGUCUGCCAACGGCCAGCCGCCAGCACACCAAGCACCUGCAUGGCGAAGGAGCUUGCCAGUGCAGAAUCUGCAUGUGACAGGAAACAACUCCGUGCCUGUGCCCGUGGUCUUGCCGCGGGACCAGGAAAAGCGAAUGAUCAUCCUGCCACCUGGUCGUAAGACAGUCCAGGUGCCACGGCCAAUUGCUCCACGGGAGCUCAGAACUGAAUCCAACACACGAUCGACGAUGCCAAUGGCAGCGCCGCAAUGGAAAGGGCAGGCUAUGCCCAAACUUCUUCCAAACAUGCGCAUGAAGGCCGGGGGACUUGGAAUGGAGAUCUCGUUCCAGGUGCAGAUCCCUGGUGACGAGACCAGCACCGGCAGCCGCCAUGAAGAGUGCAUUGGGAGAAGGAUCUGCCAUGAGAUGGACGAAGGUUCUGCCUUUCAGCAGCCAGAACAACCCAAAGAUUAUCCCGUGCCGACGAGGUCUCAAGGCCCGGUCAUUGUGUUGAAUGAAAAAUCCAUGACGAGCCGGUCGAGCUCCAGGGUGAGUAUGUUUGGUUCCGAGCAAGCACGGUCAAAGUACUGCUUCAAGAGAUGUGUGUAUAGACACUCUCAGCAGCCCGACGCGACGAUGCUUCUUCCGUUUUGGUUCUACACCUACUGCUGUCAAAUGGUUCUGACCGCCUCCAUUAUGGUCUUGUGUUUCAUCAUGUGUAGCAUUCUCUUGGUGAAGAGUGGGUCUCUCCAAGAGGUGACCGUCGCUUACACCGCAGACCUUCUCGAGAAGGAAUUUUCGCUGGAUGUGGAUAUCGAAGGAGAUGUUUUCAUUUACUACGAUCUCAAGUUCUGGGCAAACCACAGAAGUUUCGUUGAGAGCAAAGAUAGCAGAGUUAUCUACAGCUUCUUGUCCGUUUCAGUGUGCACCAAUGCAGACACCCGUGACUGGGCCAGGUUGCGCCGUGGCAAUGACACCACUUUCUUGGACAUGAUCGAAGCUGGCGAUGCCGACUCCCUGGUACCUUGCGGCCUUAUCUCCGUGUCAAUGUUUACUGACAACUUCACUUUCCAUCGAUCCACCAGUCAGGGAUGUGAGAGGAUCGACACGGACGCCUCGGACAUCACGAAUCCCUACGAUGCAGAAGCGUUUGGAAAGCUGAAGCUGCCAGGGGAAGGUGAAAGUCAGAUCUACAUCGAAGAGUCGGGUCAAAGGAUCAACACAUGGCUGUCACCAGAGGUGCUGCCCUACUGGCAGGUCUGGCACAGAACUCCAGUUGCUCCACAUGUGCGAAACCUAUGGGCCGUGAUCAGAGGAGGCCUGAAGAGCGGUAGCUACAAGGUGGACUUUGUGGCCAAUAGUGGCAUUUGGCACCAAUGGGGUGUUGAAGAGAAGCGCUUGAUCCUAGCGACCAGGAAUGACUGGCUGGGCAACAAGGGCGCGAUGACUGCUGCUGGAGGUCUAUGCCUUUCUUUGGGCAUUUUGGAGGCUUUAGCUCUGGUCUUCAUGCUUUUUGCUCCCAGAUUCCGUUGCUGCGUUUCAUCGCCGUCGGUCCAACCUUACCACCCCGAUUCAGGUGCGCACUGA